UGCCAGCGCCGCGGCCGCACUGAGCACCGAUACUGCCCCCCGGGAAGGGACUGAUGGGCCCCACCAGGACUCUGGGGCUGCUGAGCUGCCUCCUGCUGCUGCCCCGGCUGCGCGGGCAGGACGCGGCUGCCUGUGCCCGAGGCUGGGUAUCCUUCCAGGACGGGUGCUACCGGGUGUUCCGUGAGGAGCUCAGCUGGACACGGGCCGAGGCCUUCUGCCGGCGCUUCGGGGCUGAGGGUCACCUGGCGUCGGUGCACAGCGCCGCGGAGCACCGCGCCAUCGCUGCAAUGCUGGGCCACCGUGACAGUGAUGAGGACGAUGAGGACGGCGACAGCGGCAGCCUCUGGAUCGGGCUGCACCAUCCCGCGGGGAGCCACCGCUGGCACUGGUCUGACAGCUCCGAGCUGGACUAUGGCUCCUGGCACCAGGCACCCGCCGCCGGGAGGAGAACCUGCGCCGCGCUGCGGGACAUGGGCGAUCUCAGGCCCUGGUUCAGUGACUCCUGCACUGACAGGAAACCCUUUGUCUGCAAGUGCAGUGCCUAAAGCUGCACCAGCACCAGGACCUGGCACCCAGUAGCCGGCACCCCUGUAUGACUGCACCCAGCACCCUUCUCCCUGCUCCCUGCCCAUGGUACAGCCUGGCCACUGGCCACAAUAAAGGUCCCUGA